AUGGCCACCUCUUCGGGAGACCUGCAGCUCGCAGCGGCAGCAGCGGGCUUUACANNCUUGGUAUGGAGGGCUGUUAAGCAAACGAAGCAAAACAAGUCGCCUCAUCGAAGUGCUUUCGUCUACAUGAUCUGGGGAGAGAUCCUAGCCAACUUACUCAUCGGUAUCUUGGGAUGGUUGUUCUUGAAUGGAGUCUUGCAGGCCGAGUAUGUUGACUCGUUUCUGUCGACAUUUGAGCAGAGAGCUAACAAUCCGAUAGCNCCCGUUGUCUUGUUCUUCAUUCUAUUCUGUUAUGUAUUUGAAGUUCAGCUACUGCUUCAAAUCAUUAUCAACCGCAUCGCCAUCAUCGUCGAGCGAAGAGCGAUGGCUGCGAAGCUGAAGUGGGCCACUGCUAUCUUCAUCUCUAUCAUCAACAUAUGCGUCAUGUGCAUUGUAAGCCGCUUGGUACUCUUGAGACUUUUCUCAAAUACUGACAGUCUCGUANNGUGGAUUCCUGCUCACAUGGCUAAGCCGCCAAGUCAGACUUAUGUCGAGAUCAACAAAUACUGGGAUCGUGUUUCCAAAAUUCUCAUUUGUCUCGUCGACGCAGGUCUCAAUUGGUACUUCAUUCACGUUGUCGACGCUCGGCUGGUCAAGCAACACGGCCUUCGCAAGUACAAGCCAUUGAUCGGAUACUACACACGUCUUGGAAUACUGUCGAUCUGCAUGGACGUUAUGCUUCUCGGUCUCAUGGCACUUCCCAACCAAGUGGUCUACAUCCAGUUCCAUCCUGUCGCAUAUAUGGUCAAACUCUACAUCGAGAUGAGUAUGGCCGACUUGAUUGUCAAGGUCGCAACCUCAUCUGAAAUUGAUGUCCGUCCAAAUGCAUCAUCUGGAACACCAUUCCCUGACAGCAGAUCGUACGCCCAGCGUACCUUCAACGAUCGCGACACCGUCAAUGGAGCAAAGAACACCGCACACAUCGGUCAUACACAAGGCACCAACACCAACAGAGAAGACGUCAAGGGUAUCCAACGACAAACAGAAGUUCAGAUUUUCGUUGGAGACUCUGACAGCGACAACCAAAACGAUGAUCUGGACAAGAUCUCGUCGAGGGCAUCUGUCGAGAACAACUACAACACUCACGGCACGCCUCAGUACAAUUCCAACAACCCAUUCAACAAGGUCCACAGGCCGAACCGUCUAUCCGACGAAUCACAGAUUCCUUUGAAGGACCUCUCCAGGGCUGGCGAAGCAGUAUAA